AUGAGAACAAGUAAUAUAACUAAUAACAAUACGAUUUCAAACAAACCUAUAAUGCCUCCACCGAGUAAACUUUUUCAUCAAUAUUUACGUUGUCGUCAAUUAAGUUCUAUUCAAGGAUUACCUACUCUUAAUUCAUGUCCAUACGAAUUUGAGGAAGAUAUUCGUGUUUGUUGGAGAGCAACAGAGAAUGGUACAUAUGCAUCAGCUACUAUUGAAUAUGAUCAUGGUUUCAAUAAUUUUUAUCAUAGUGUUCGUUAUGGCAUAGAGAAUUGUACAUUACAACGUUUUUGUGAAUCUAAUGGAUCUUGGGCAAUGACUGUUGCACCUGAUAUACAAUGUAAAAUAUGUCUUGAUAAUGGUCGACCUGUAAAAUUUAAUUCCAUCAGUAUUAUGAUUGAAACAAUGAAUUUAAGUUUAUCUCUUAUAUCUUUAACGAUUGCUAUCUUAUGCAUGAUAAAUGUCAAGUAUGUUUGUUAUUUUUAUGUAAAAAUUUUUUGUCUUAAACCUUCAAAUGUAAAUCAACCUGUUUGUUCACCAAAGAGACAUCCCAUAUCUCAUUUUUCUGUUAUUCCUAAUAAUAUACCGCUUAUAUGCCGAUGUCUUCUCAAAUUUAGACGAUUGCAUUUACCCCGAAACCUGCUUCAUAUGCAUCUAUUCCUUGCCUUUAUUCUUCGUUCUAUUGUUAAACUCAUAUUCAUACAUAUAAUCAUUGGUGGUUAUACAUAUACAAUGAUAACAUAUACACGUGAUAAAUGUGGAAAUAUAGAAAUUCUUUCAAAAUCAUCAAAUUUAUUUCAUGUUAUUGGUUGUCGUUUAUUAUCAUCAUUAUUUUGGUAUACAGAUGCUGUUGCGCAAACAUUUAUCUUUUGUGAAGCAAUGUUUUUAUUUACAGCAUUAACGAGUCAUUUAUUUCGUGAUCGUGGUUGUACAUUAUUUGUUUUAUGGGGUUGGUUAAGUCCAUUAGUUUGGUUAACAAUGUGGAUUGCAUCGCAUAUGAUAACAGAUAAAUUAAAAAGUCGAUCAACAUGUUGGUUAGAAGGUGAUAAUACAACAUAUUUUUAUUAUUUCUUUUAUGUUCCAUAUGCUUUUUAUUUGCUUAUUAAUUUUGGUAUAUUUCUUUUUCUUGUUCGAUUACUUUAUUCAAAAUAUCGAUCAAAUUAUGUUUCAACAAAUCGAACUGGAAAUCGGCAUCUUAUUAAAUCAAUACUUAUAUUAAUUCCAUUAUUUGGUCUUCAUUCAUUAUUCGUUAUGUGGGUCUUUUAUCAUAAAAAACAAGGUCAUACUAUAUGGUAUUAUAUUGCAGUUAUAUUUAAAGCUAUUUUCGGUGACCUACAGGGGUUUUUUACAUCGCUUAUUUAUUUUUAUUUUAAUACGGAAAUUCGUUCGGAAGUUGUUCGACAAUUUCAACGUACUUUAUUAAGUAAUGAUGCUGUACGACGUAGUUCAGGUGGUGAUACAUUAUCAACACGUUUAUCUGUAUUUCGUAUAUCAUUAAAUCGUCGUCGUCGUUCAUCAAAUCCAAAUCGUAAUGGAAAAUGUCGUACAACAAUAUUAUUUUCUCCGCCACAAGUUUUAAAUACACGUCAAAUAUAUUGGAGAAAAUUUCUUGCAUUUAUUUGUCCUUGUUUAUUUAAUAGUAAUAUUAAUAAUAAAAAUAAUAAUGAUAAUACUAAACCAUUAGAACAAGUACAUGAAUCACAAAAAGGAUUAUCAAUUGAACCGACAAAUCAUCAAAAUGAAACAUUACCAACUAUUCAAAUAAAUUUAAUAUCUGAUGAUGAUAUAGAUGGUGUCCAAUCAUCUUUACUUGUUCAAAAUUGUCCAUCAAAAGGUAGAAUUGAUAAUGAUGGACUAACAUGUGAUACAGUUCUUAUGAAAAAUGAAAAUGAAGAAUUAUUAACUACUGCAAGUGAUGUUACUAUUAAUCAAACAUCAUUUGGAAGUGAACAAAUGUCAACAAUAUUAAAUAAUACACCAUUACUAACACGUAGUAAUAUUAAUAAUGAUCAUCGCCUACGAUCAAAAAAUGAUGGACAUAAUUCAAAAGAAUUUGUAUCUAGUUUUAUCGAUGAUAAUUAA